AUGGGGCGCCGCAAGCGCAAGAACAACCGCCCCCCAAGUCCUCCUCGUGAGUGCCUCAUACCACAGGGACAACACGCAGAGCGCUGGGCAAUUGAUCCGCGCCUGGGGCUGAAGCCGCCCAAGGCGGAGGUGCUGGAGGAGGCGCACGCGAGCUUCAACCCGGUGUCGCCGUUCGUCACCACGGGGGUCACGUUUGACGCUGCCACGGGUGUGCCGGACUACUUCUCCACGCUGGAGGCUGCUGUUGACCACUCGGAGAUCCUCAGCGACCCGGGCGACCAGGGCAUGUGCGCCUCAUGCUGGGCGUUUGCAGUGGAAGCGGCGGUGCAAGGCGCGUUCCGUCUGUUCUCGGGGUAUUUCACGACAAAGACCAGCCUGGCGGUGCAGCAGGUGUUGGACUGUUCCGUGGGCGGCUGCCGGGGGGGCUAUCCCCAGGACGCUCUGCAGAUGUGGACGGAGAGGAAUGUGACUGUGAGCGAUGUGUACCCUUACACAGCCAAGAAGGGCGAAUGCAAGGAAGCGACAGCACCGCACGGACAAUCCCAAUCACAGAGCCACCUCUCUUCCUUUUCCUCUCACUCCUCAUCUUCCCCAUCGUUCCCCUCCUCCGCUGGCGCUUCCCUCUCCUCCUCGUCCUCCUCGUCCUCUGCUGCGUCCGUGUCCCCGCUGGGCUAUGUCUCGGGGGUAUCGGUGUCAAUCAACAUGUUCGAGCAGGUACCGCUGCCGGGAGCGGUGGGGCUGAUGCGGGUGCUGAUGAAGCAGCCAGUGAUAGUGAGCAUAUAUGCAUCCAUGCAGGACUUUCAGGCGUACGAUGACAGCGGCAGUGUGUAUGACAACGAGGAGUGCUUCGACCCGUCCGCGCCCGUGCUGGACCACGUGGUGCUGGUGACGGGGUACGUGUUCGGGGGCGUGUCGUCCAACGAGAACUACUUCAUCAUCCGCAACAGCUGGGGCACAAGCUGGGGGCUCAACGGCUACAUGCUCAUCUCCAUGACAGCUGCUGCCGCGGGCAUCUCUUUCCUUCCCUCCCCUCCCAUCCCCUCCCCUCCCCCCCAAACCCCUCCCCUCCCCUUCCCUCCCCUCUUCUCCCCUCCCUCCCCUCCCCUCCCCUCCCCUCCCCUCCCCUCCCCUCCCCUCCCCUCCCCUCCGUUUCCUUCUGUCUCCGCGUGCAUGUAUGGUUCUGGCGCCGGGGCAGCGAGCGACCUACUGGACCCGUGUGCCAUGGCCCCGUGCGGGGCGGGCACGUGCACGCAGACCAUGGUGGGAUCCUACACCUGCCAGUGCGAGUACCCUCUAGCGGACGGGCUUCGCCGCGACGGCACCAAAACCUGCGUUCUCAGUACGGCCGCCCAAGGGCAGGGGGUGUGCGGUGCGGGAGCGAGAGAGCGUGGGGACAAGUGUUGCGCUCUGAGUGUGUUCAUGUUGCAAGGUGGCUGGCGCAAGGUGCAUAGUGGUGCAUGGAUGGUGCAGGUGCAUGUGGGUUGCAUGGUGUAUGGGUGGUGCAGCGGCCAUGCCCGGCUCUCCUCCGACCUUCCACACCUUUCCACCCUCACCCGCCUUUCCACCCUCACCCGCCUUUCCACCCUCACCCGCCUUUCCACCCUCACCCGCCUUUCCACCCUCACCCGCCUUUCCACCCUCACCCGCCUUUCCACCCUCACCCGCCUUUCCACCCUCACCCGCCUUUCCACCCUCACCCGCCUUUCCACUUCGUGCCGCUCCCUUCCCCUUCCCUCCCUCCCUGUCGUAUCCCCCUCCUCCUGCUCCCUCCCUCUCCUCUCUCCUCCCCCCCCUCCCGCACUGCACGGCAUCCCCACAGAGAAGGUGUGCUCUGCGUUUGCGAGCAACCCAUGUGGCACGGCUUUUGAGGCGCCUCAAAAGUUGCCCCCCACUCUCCUCUCUCCUCCUCCCCCCCUCCUGCACUGCGCGGCAACCCGCAGAGAAGGUGUGUUCCGCGUUUGUGAGCAACCCGUGCGGCACGGGGCAGUGCGUGGACACGGGGACCGGGUCGUACACGUGCACGUGCCCCUCCAACUACCAACUCAGCGCCCUCUCCACCGGCCUCCUCACCUGCGUGCCCAGUGA